AUGGACGACAGGCCUACACCCAAAGAUACCGACAUUCCGGGAGGCUUCCCAGAAUCGCCGCCGGGUCCAACACCGAUAACUGAAAGAAAUUUUCCAUUGGUAACACCUGAACUACGCGCUUCCCGUUCGUACACCAACACGCCGACCGAGCCCACUCGCACACCAGAACCAACGGUAGGAGGUAAUGCGGUCUCGAGUUCUUCAUCUUUGACAGAAAAGGAAGACGUGAAAACGGAAAUCGGCAGCCAAGAUGCUGGCUCCGAAGAGCGGUUCGCUCCGCUGCGUACCAAUUCGCAGCCUGUAAAAGCGACCGACAGCAACUCCAGGCCAGGAUUUGACCGCAAAAAGACCAGCCACACCGAAGAUGAUAUUUUCCGGGCUUUAUCAAGGCGGCGCACCAGCGGAACACAGGCGUCAGCACCGGCCGACAGCGAUGAGGACGAAGGCCAGGAGAUCGAGCGCCUCGUCUCGAGGAUGUUUGGCCACGAGCGUCAGCAGCAAAGCGACGAGGAAAAGACGCGACGCAGCGGCGUCAUAUUCAGAGACCUGACCGUCAAGGGAGUCGGUCUGGGCGCCAGUCUCCAGCCCACCGUCGGCGACAUCUUCCUGACACUGCCGCGCAAGAUCAAGCAUCUCUUUACCAAAGGGCCACGGGCCGCAUUCGCGAAGCCGCCGGUGCGAGAGCUCAUCUCCCACUUUGACGGCUGCGUGCGUCCAGGCGAGCUGCUGCUGGUGCUGGGUCGCCCCGGAUCCGGCUGCAGCACCUUCCUCAAGGCCUUCUGCAACCAGCGCGCCGGCUUCGAGUCCGUCUUGGGUCAUGUCACGUACGGAGGCGUCGACGCCGAGACCAUGGCCCGCCACUACCGCGGCGACAUCAUUUACAACCCGGAAGAAGAUCUGAACUACGCCACGCUCUCGGUCAAGCGCACCCUCCACUUUGCGCUCGAGACUCGGGCGCCCGGCAAGCAGUCGCGCCUCGAGGGGGAGACCCGAGAAGACUACAUCCGCGAGUUCCUGCGCGUCAUCACCAAGCUCUUCUGGAUCGAGCACACCCUCGACACCAAGGUCGGCAAUGAGUACGUGCGCGGUGUGUCGGGAGGCGAGAGGAAGCGUGUCAGCAUCGCCGAAGCCAUGAUCGCGCGAGCUUCAGUGCAGGGCUGGGACAACUCCAGCAAGGGCCUGGACGCCAGCACCGCCGUCGAGUAUCUGCGGUCGAUCCGGGCCAUGACCAACAUGGCCAACACGUCGACGGCCGUGUCGCUCUACCAGGCCGGCGAGUCGCUGUACGAGCUCGCCGACAAGGUCCUGCUCAUCGACGCCGGCAAGUGUCUCUAUUUCGGACCGUCGGAGCAGGCCAAGCAGUACUUUGUCGACCUCGGCUUUUCCUGCCCCGAACGUUGGACCACGGCAGAUUUCCUCACCUCGGUCACGGACCCGCACGAGCGGCACAUCCGCCAGGGCUGGGAGGACAGGAUCCCCCGGACCCCGGAGCAGUUUGCCGAGGCGUACAGACGUAGCAGCAUCUACCGGGCCAACCUUGAGGACAUGUCUCGAUUUGAGGCCGAGCAGCAGCAGCAGGUCGAAGCUCGCGCCGCCGUCCAGGCCGGCAAGCCCAAGCGGCAGCGGACCAAGAACUACGAGAUCCCGUUCCACAAGCAGGUCGUGGCCUGCACCAAGCGCCAGUUCCUCGUCAUGAUCGGCGACAAGGCUUCGCUGCUGGGCAAAUGGGGUGGCCUGGUGUUUCAGGGGCUGAUCAUCGGCAGUCUCUUCUUCAACCUGCCCGAGACCGCCUCUGGUGCCUUCCCGCGCGGUGGCGUGCUCUUCCUGCUGCUGUUGUUCAACGCGCUGCUGGCGCUGGCCGAACAGACUGCCGCGUUCGAGUCCAAGCCUAUCCUGCUCAAGCACAAGUCCUUUUCCUUCUACCGCCCCUCCGCGUACGCCAUCGCUCAGACCGUCGUCGACGUGCCGCUUGUUUUUAUCCAGGUUGUGCUCUUCACCGUCAUCAUCUAUUUCAUGUCCCACCUGGCGCGGACCGCGUCGCAGUACUUCAUCGCCAACUUGAUCCUCUGGCUGGUGACCAUGACGACUUAUUCCUUCUUCCGUGCCAUCUCGGCCUGGUGCGGAACUCUGGACGUGGCCACGCGCUUCACUGGUCUUGCGGUUCAGAUUCUCGUCGUGUACACUGGCUAUCUGAUCCCUCCGACAUCCAUGCCAGUCUGGUUUGGCUGGCUCCGCUGGAUCAACUGGUUGCAGUACGGAUUCGAGUGCCUGAUGUCAAACGAGUUCUACACACAGGAGCUCACGUGCGACGGGCCCUUCCUCGUUCCCCAGGGACCCCAAGCCGAGCCGGAAUAUCAAGGAUGCACUCUUGCUGGCAGCACGCCUGGCUCUUCAACCGUCAGCGGCUCAAACUACAUCAACGCGUCCUUUGACUACACUCGCGCCCACCUCUGGAGGAACUUUGGGUUUUUGUGGGCGUUUUUCAUCUUCUUUGUCAUCCUCACCGCCGUCGGCAUGGAGAGGAUGAAGCCCAACAAGGGAGGUGGUGCCAUAACCGUCUUCAAACGGGGACAGGUGCCCAAGCAGCUGGAGAGCACCAUCGAGACUGGCGGCAAGGGAAAUGGAGGGAAGGAAAAGGAUGAGGAGGUUGGGUCACCGGGGUCUGAUUCUCCAACCGCCGUAUCACAGGGCGAGGGAUCAACCGAGGACGAGGACAAGACGGCCAAUCAGGUGGCCAAGAAUGAGACCGUUUUCACCUUCAAGAACGUCAACUACGAAAUCUCCAGCAAGGGCGGCAAGCGUAAGCUUCUAUCUGAUGUUCAAGGAUAUGUCAGACCAGGGAAGCUCACGGCUUUGAUGGGUGCUUCUGGCGCGGGAAAGACCACACUCCUCAACACACUCGCCCAACGGAUCCAAACAGGCACGGUCACGGGCGAGUUCCUCGUGGAUGGCCGACCCUUGCCCAAAUCGUUCCAGCGCGCCACCGGCUUUGCAGAGCAGAUGGAUAUCCACGAGCCCACGGCCACCGUGCGCGAAGCCCUCCAGUUCUCGGCUUUGCUCAGACAACCCCGCGAGGUUCCCAAGCAAGAAAAGCUCGACUACUGCGAAACCAUCAUCGACCUUCUUGAGAUGCGCAGCAUCGCCGGGGCUACGAUCGGCAACGUCGGCGAGGGUCUCAACACGGAACAACGCAAGAGGCUGACCAUUGGUGUGGAGCUGGCCUCGAAGCCCGAGUUGCUAAUGUUCCUCGACGAGCCGACGUCUGGGCUCGAUUCGGGGGCUGCGUUCAACAUCGUCCGCUUCCUGAGAAAGCUCGCCGACGCGGGGCAGGCGGUGCUGUGCACGAUACACCAACCGUCGGCUAUUCUUUUUGAAAACUUUGACGAGCUGCUCCUCCUCAAGGCUGGGGGCCGCGUGGUCUAUCACGGGCCGCUCGGCCACGACAGCCAGGACCUGUUGGGAUACCUAGAGUCCAACGGAGCUCACAAGUGCCCACCCAAUGCCAACCCGGCCGAGUACAUGCUCGACGCCAUCGGAGCCGGCGAUCCGGACUACAAGGGCCAGGACUGGGGUGACGUGUGGGAGAGGUCCAAGGAGCGCGAGGCGAGGACGCGCGAGAUCGACGACAUGAUCUCUCAACGGCAACAAGUCGAGCGGACCGACAGCCUGCGCGACGAACGCGAAUACGCCAUGCCUCUGUCUGCGCAGAUGUCGGCGGUCGUGCGCCGCUCCUUUGUCUCGUACUGGCGCAACCCAGGCUACCUCGUCGGCAAGUUCAUGCUGCACAUCCUGACCGGGCUCUUCAACUGCUUCACCUUCUUCCGCAUAGGGUUCGCGUCCAUCGACUACCAGAACCGGCUGUUUUCCAUCUUCAUGACGCUCACCAUCUGCCCGCCGCUGAUCCAGCAGCUGCAGCCCGUCUUCAUCGACUCGCGCCAGAUCUUCCAGUGGCGCGAGAACAAGGCCAAGAUCUACAGCUGGUCCGCCUGGGUCACGGGCGCCGUGCUGGCCGAGAUCCCCGUCGCCAUCGUCGCCGGCGCCGUCUACUUCAACUGCUGGUGGUGGGGCAUCUUUGGCUGGCGCGACCUCAUGCCGGCCUCGUCCUCGGCCCUGGCCUUUUUGAUGGUGGUGCUCUUCGAGCUGUACUACGUCAGCUUCGGCCAGGCCGUGGCCGCCUUUGCGCCAAACAAGCUCCUGGCCUCGCUGCUCGUGCCGCUGUUUUUCACUUUUAUCAUCAGCUUCUGCGGCGUCGUGGUGCCCCCCGCGCAGAUCCCGACCUUUUGGCGGGAGUGGAUGUACUGGCUCUCGCCGUUCCACUAUCUCCUCGAGGUCCUGCUGGGCGUGGCCGUGCACGACCAGCCGCUCCAGUGCGAGCCGGACGAGCUCGCCCGGUUCGAGCCGCCGCCGGGCUCGUCGUGCGACGAGUACGCCGGCCCCUACGUCCAGCAGGCUGGAGGACGGCUGCAGACCGGCCAGGGCGGCAUGUGCGAGCUGUGUCAGUACGCCGACGGCGAUCAGUUUGCCGCGGGUUUCAGCGUCUAUUACUACAACCGCUGGCGCGACGUGGGCAUAUUCUGUGGGUUCAUUGUCUUCAACUAUGCGGUUGUGUAUCUGGCUACUUGGCUCAAGUUCAAGGGGAAGAAUCCGCUUCGCAUGUUUGGAAGGCUGAAGAGCGGCUGA